AAUGCACAAGAUGUUGUUUUUUUGAUGGUCGAUGCCCCUCUAACAUCAGUAAAUUCCAAUGCAUUGCUUAGAAUUAUACUGCAUUGUAGUGUAAGAAACAUAAAAAAGCGGUACAAUUGGUCAGAUGAAGGUAUUCAGUACCCAGGUUUCAAGUAUUAUCCUAGGAACAAAGACUUCGAAGAUCCCCCCUACGAGCCCUCAAAACUGUUCAGAGUAGAACGAAUUAAACCAUUAAAAGGUGUCCCAUACUUCGAAAAGCACAUUCUGAAGGAAUUCAAACUAGACGGUCUGGACAACUGUUACAACAUAAUUAAAAAUAUCCCAGAAAACAACCAACGCUUGUGGAAAAUUAAGCAUCUCGUGAGAAUUUGUCCAAUAACGUUCCCCGAUGGGUUUCCAAAGGAGGACGAUAUGACUUAUUUGAAAGAAAACGGUGAGUUGAGGAUUACGAAAAGAGUUAGAGUGGAAGAUAGACUACAAUUGACUGAAGAGUUUCAAAAAGACAUAACAAAACUGGAUGGUGACACUUUAAGGAGGAAUUCAAGAAUGAAGUGGUUAUCUGGUUGGGAAUAAUAUAUUAUUACGUUAUAGAACAGUAUAAUUCUUAAUAAAAAUAUUUGUUUUAAAAA